UAAUUCUAGAAGGAAUCGUGGUUUGGGGUGAUGUUUCUUCGGCCAUUUCCAGAAAUCAACUAAAAGACCCAAUCUGAAACCCUAAUCUUCCAUUUCACAGUCAUGGCAAUUGCAAUGGCGGCUAAGAUCGCUCGAUCGCUUCUAGCCGUCAGAUCAUCAUCUUCCAUGCCCUCAACCGGCUUUGCUCGCUCCUCCGUAGCAUCUCUCUCCGACUCUCUUGGCGCCGUUAAUCUGAAUAGAGCAACCGGUUCGUAUUCACCGAUCAACCUUCGAUUCUAUAGCACCGUUGUGAAUAUCCAAAGAAUGAAAUUCCCUAAAUACCGAAAAGGAAGAAUCGAAGGAAUUCGUGAUGGAGGUAACGAGAUCUGUUUCGGUAAAUACGCACUUCAGGCGCUUGAAUGUGCACGGAUCACAGCUAAACAGCUGGAAGCUGGCCGAAGAGCGCUGCAGUUGAAUGUACGUCGCGGCGGGAAAGGAGGUAAGGUGUGGGUCCGUAUAUUCCCAUAUAAAUCUGUAACAUCGAAACCUGCAGAAGUACGAAUGGGUAGAGGGAAAGGAUCUAUUUCACAUUGGGUAGCUCCAGUUCAACGAGGUCAGAUUAUUUAUGAAAUGGGAGGAGUAACAGAAAGUUUGGCCAAAAGGGCGAUACAGAUAGCAGGUUCUAAAAUGCCUAUACAAACAAGAUCCAUCAUCCGGGAUGCAAAAACUAAGGAGAUUGGCAUUCGGUGAAUUUUGUUUCUUGAUGAUCUUCGCUCUGUUUUGUUAGACUCCAAACGGUUAGUUUUAUUUGUUAAACUGUAAACUUUAAAAUUUUGAAUUAGUUUCUGAUCAAACCAUUUGCUAAUAAUCAUGACUUCCUUGUGUUUGA